GCUGAACGGAUUGAAUUUAUUUUAUUUUGGGGUUGCAGACCCUUAUUUAAACGCCGGUGAUGACGGUGGUGGAGGUGUCGACGGACGUAACGGAGAAACGGCGGACGCAAACUGAGGCAGAGGGAGGAGAGAAGAGCACGAGACCGAGGCUGCGUCAUCAGCUCGUCAAGCUGGCACGAGGAGCGGCGGAAGUCCGGCAGCGGAGCUCGAGAAGUAAAACGACGUUUUUCUUGCUGUAUUUAGUCGGGUGCAGACGGCUUUAAGUUUUUGGAAACAUUCUGACACACUGACGUGGGGCUGAACAUUUCCUAACGUUGCUCGUAGCCUCGAAGCGUCGACUGCUCCGAGAGAAGCGGUCGCCGACCGUUAUUGUUGCUAACAGUUUAUCGUCACAUUUGUUUUAUUGUUGCUAACUCUUACCGGAAGUUCUCCGUUUCCCCCUCCGUGUCUUGACGUUCACAUUGAGACAGCCUGGUUGUAGAAGCCCAAACGGGAAUUGAUAACGCCAGUGUCCAGGAGCGAACAGCCGGGUGGAGGGGUUCGGAGUUGUUGCUGGUUGUCGCCUCAUCACGCGGAGAAACGGCUUAAAGGUGACGUGAUGUGAACAAAGGGAGUGCGCGCGCGCCAUCGGAGCAGUCCAGCAGACUUCCCAGCGUUAAAGACUUGAGACCGAAUAGGAUCAACGCGAUGCUUCUCCAUCCACCAAUGUCCUGAUAACUACAGACCUGCAGCAAGAACAAGCCAGCGAUCUGCCAAACAGGAGUGAGCAAUAUAUAGGUUUCAAGCUCCAGUUCACAAAACAGGCAUCAUGUCUUCCCGGGAGCGCCGCUCUGAGGUCUACAUAAAGGCGGAGCCGAGCAGCCCGGAGGGAGGCGGUGGAGGCCGGACCAGCCCCGGCGGGGUCUCCUCUGACUCCUCUCAGAGCGGCGGCGGUGGCACCAGAGGAGACGGCGCCAAGCGCUACUCGCCGCCGCUGUACACGCCGGCCCUGCGCUGCCAUUUUAAAGACGAGCCUGGCGACGGGGCGGAGGAGGGCUCCACCGGAAACGGAGCGGGGCGCUGCAAGUACGCCCUGAGCACGCUUCCCAAGAGGCUGUGUCUGGUGUGCGGGGACGUGGCUUCAGGUUAUCAUUACGGCGUGGCGUCAUGCGAGGCCUGCAAGGCCUUCUUCAAGAGAACCAUUCAAGGUAACAUUGAAUACAGCUGCCCUGCAUCAAAUGAGUGUGAAAUCACCAAAAGGCGGAGGAAAGCCUGCCAGGCAUGCCGCUUUACUAAGUGCCUCAAAGUAGGCAUGCUGAAAGAGGGAGUACGUCUUGACAGAGUCAGAGGUGGAAGGCAGAAAUACAAAAGACGCCCAGAGGUGGAGAACGCAACAUAUCAGAGCGCCCCUCUAUCUCUGACGAAAGAGAGCGAAAAAGGUUCCUCCAACAUCAUCGUGUCCCACCUUCUAGUGGCAGAGCCCGAAAAGUUAUUUGCCAUGCCGGACCCUCUGCAGCCUGACACGGCCCAGCGGACCCUCACCACCCUCUGUGACCUCGCCGACCGCGAGCUGGUUGUGAUCAUCGGCUGGGCCAAGCACAUUCCUGGCUUCCUGUCUCUGUCUCUAGCAGACCAGAUGUCCGUGCUGCAGUCGGUGUGGCUGGAGGUGCUGGUUCUGGGCGUAGCGUACCGCUCCAUCGGCUGUGAGGACGAGGUGGUCUUCGCUGAGGACUUUGUCCUCGAUGAGGAAAUGUCGCGCGUUGCCGGACUGACGGAGCUGAACGCGGCCAUUAGCCAGCUCGCGCGCCGUUUCCGUGCGCUAAAUGUGGACCGAGAGGAGUUUGUCAUGCUAAAAGCCAUCGCUCUCACAAACUCGGACUCUGUUUACAUCGAGGACAUGGAGGCUGUGCAGAAGCUCCGGGACCUCCUCCACCAGGCCUUGCUGGAGCUGGAGUGUCAGCGGCGCCCGGACGACCCCCAGCGGGCGGGACGCCUCCUUUUAACGUUGCCGCUCCUCCGACAGACUGCCGGCCGCGCGCUCACCACCUUCUACAGCAUCAAGACCCGCGGCGGUGUUCCCAUGCACAAACUAUUUCUGGAGAUGCUGGAAGCCAUGAUGGACUCCCCUUAGAGUGUGGAACAAAAAAAAAACAACCAACAACAGAGCUGGUCUACAGGGCUAGACAAGUGUUUUUUUUUUUUUUUUUUAAAGAAAAAAAACAAAAAGGAAAGUUUUUAUUAGAGAACUAUGGAGGGAUUUAUGCUUCUCAUUUUAAGCAAGGAAAGUGUAAGAAAAUAAACUAUUCACAUUUUUUAGACGGAUUUUGCUUUUUACACCACGCGGUACCUGCCAAGCUCCAGUUUAAAAAAAAAAAAAAAAAUGCAAGUGAAACAGCGUAAUAUUUGAACUACAUCAUGGAAGGCUUUUUGUUUUUUUUAUGGCAUCAAGCUACGAGUACUUUACCACUUCACCUUUAGGUACACAACGGACUGCAAUCUGUGUAGCUUUUGAACAUAAUGCUACAUCUGCACAUAAAAGCCAUAUUGAGACAUCUAGUAUGAGGCUUGAGGGUCCAUUGAGGUGGCGGGCAGGAGUUGUAGGCAAACCCAUAGGACUGACUUGCAAUAUUUAUUUUUUAAAAGAUUUUAUUGGCUCUGGUGGCCUUUAUUUGAGAGAGGGAAGUGGGUAUUGAGAGAGGGGGGAAGAAAUGCUGGAGUCGAACCUGCGGCGGCCGUGUCGUGGACUGAGGCCUCCUUGCCAUGGGUUGUGCGCUACCCCUGCGCCACCGCAGCAUCCCCUACUUGCAAUAUCUUAAAAGCAAUAUCAUCCAUGACUUUCAAAAUACAAAACAACAAGAAGCUCGUUAGUAUUUGUAUCAGUUUUUCUGCAUACUUUUUUUUUGGACCCCAAGUGCUUAUUAUUAUUUUUUAAUUCUAUUCUCUUGUAUUCUAGGAAUGCAGGAUGUAUGUGUGGAAAACAGAAAAGACUACAACUUUUUUUUUUUUUGUUUUUAAAAUAAGAUGGUUAUUUAACAUCAAGCCACUGAGAAGUUCCACAUGGAUUCUAAAAGUUAUGCGGCACGUCGGAGGAUCCAUAAAAUUUUGUCCUAGCAGCAAAAACCUGGCUUCCAGCAGCACGCGUGUCUGUGGUCGCGUGUAGCAGAGAACAAACGAGAUCAGGGAAGAACACAACUUUUAUUUAUUUAAAAUUUUUUUUUUUUUACAUUAAGGUUUUGGUGGCAGCGAUAGCGACUGGAUUAGCAAUGGAUCCACCUCACUUUGCUUGUUUUUAUAACGCCCUCCAUCCUACGCUCUCACCUUCCUCGUCCACUACAACCACACUUUGACCUCUGCAGCUGUGUGUCUAAAAGAAAAAAAAACACUUCUUUCAUAUUUGGGCUAUAUGUAACACUAAUACAUGACUGCUAAUGUGCGCGGUGAGAUUUCGAUGCAUUUUUCUGCAGUGACGACGAACAUUGCAUAAAAGAUCUCGAAUGUUUCGGUUUGAGAUCCUUCGUCCUCCUCUUCCUCCUCUUCCUGUGGAUGCACACGGUGAACUUGAACCCCGCGCCCUGGAUCGGUGCUCAGGGCUACGAGACGUUCAGCUUAUGCAACAUCUUUCUUUUAGAUGUUGGAAACCUUGUCUGGUCAACGUGUCGAAGGUCCUGCUCUUGAUUAGAAUUAUUUGUAUAGUCACAGUGUAAAUGAUCAUUUAGGUAAGCAAAAAAGAAAUCUGAUGUUUAAGAAAAAAAAAGAACGAUAACCAGAUCCCUAUAAAUAGAGACCAAAACGGUCAGUACUCUUUUAGCUAUGUACAGUUCCAUUUAAAUAAACAAACAUGCAAUUUGUAGUGGAAGCUAAAUAAUAAAAAAAAAAAAGAAAGCCAGCAGAUGUAAUACUAAUUCCCCCCAUUACAAUAUUUGUGCAGCUUACUAUGUGCUGAUGUUUGUAAAAUCUUAAAACUUAGUUUUCAUAUAGUUUCCCUCUUAGGAUACAAGGGUACUUGCAUUGUGACUCUGCUGUGGGGUUUGAAAUUUUCAUGCGGGCUGUCAUCAAUGUUCCUUUUAUUUUUUGUGGGGAGGGCGGGAGCAUUGGUUGUUAGUUUAGGGAUCAAUUUUAAAUGGCACUAUGAAUUCAGUGGCAUAGUAAGGUUACAGAAGGCUACCUCAGGAGGCAGCAUCAGCCACACGGCCAACCAACUGUGGACGAAACGAACAAGUUGCAUAAUGGAUUUAGCGAAUUCGUCGAGCCUGAGUUAGUUUCAUUUUUGCUUUUUAAGAUGCAUCCGACUCAAUAAUCCUGCUUGAAUAGUUGGUGCAGCUGCAAAACUACACUAGCAACAUCAGAUAUCUGGCAGAAUGUGACUCAGAUUAGCUGUUAUCUGAGGUUUUUUUUGUUAUUUUAAUUUUAUCUCUUGAUUUUUUUUUUUUUUUUUGUUUUGUUACCAAGCAGUUCUUUAUUGCAAAGAUGGAGUCGUUCUGUUUAUAUGUCUGUGUGUUUUCGGUACAAAGGGUUUCGGGGGGGUCGGAUUGAUCGCUUGUGGUGUCGCUGUUCAAAUUAUACCGUCAUUUAUAGGUUCUAUUACUAAUGUGCACAUUAAUAUAAAUGAGCAAUACAACAAAUUACCAAACCUCACACAUUUCCUUGUAUAGCCAUCAUGUACAUUUAACAUUGCCAGUUAUAACUAUUAAAUAAAUAAAAAGGAAAAACAAGUUAAUGUUAUCUUAUUUAGAAAAUUCAAAUCAAUGUUUGUAUUCUGAAAGAGUAUUUAAAUGAUUAAAUUCUAUUUUUUACUCAAUUUACUGUCGUUUGUUGACACUGCUUUAAUUUUGUGUGUGAUACCGGCUGUAAAUUUCUGUGUGUAGGCUUUUUUUUUUUCUAGGUAAACAGUUUGAUGUCCUUGUCUAAACCUGUUCACAUUAAACUCACUGUGAGAAAAAAAGAAGAAAAAAACAAAACAGACCUUCCACUGUCUGACACAGCAGGGAGUGGAUUAUUGUAGGUGCUUUGUGUUGUGCAAUAAAUGGACACACCACCACCACACACCAUUGGACUCA